AUGGAUAUCUCCCAGCUUGUCACUUCCAUCGAUGCAGCCAUAGCGAGUCUCGGCCAGGCGCCACCAUCUGACGCCGAUCGUCAACAGCUUCUGGCAGCUUCCAAACGACUCCAAGAGGCAUCAGAAUCCCCUCUAGAUGCAACUGCAUCCAUUGUUCUUGGUAUCCAUCGCCAAGCAGCCAUCCGAACAGCUGUUGACAUGGGACUCUUCCCUGCUCUCCUCGGUGCGGGAGAAGGAGGCAUCACUGCCCUGGAGCUGGCGGAAAAGACCAAGUCUGACGAGAUUCUCGUCACCCGUAUCAUGAGAGUUGUAACAGCCACUGGCUAUGCGAAGGAAUUUGGAGUUCGGCACUACACAACGACUCCCAAGACUGAAUUAUUCGGGCCCAAAUCUCCAUUGAUUGAUGUGAUUGUUCAUAUGGCACCACACGCCCAAGCCCUCGUUAAGCUCCCCGAAUACUUCCGCGUAAACGGCUACGCAAAUCCCAACUCCAUGACCUCGGGGCCUUUCCAGUUCGCCUUCAACUUCAAGGGCACAUACUUCGAUUGGUUGAAAUCCAUUCCCGAAGAGCAAGAAGCUUUCAACCGCAUGAUGGCCCUCACGCGCAUGGGGCGGGGAGAAGAAUGGUUUGACUUCUUUCCCACUGAAUCACGCUUCAGCUCCACUGAUCCCUCCUCCCCUCUCCUCGUCGACAUCGGUGGCGGCUUAGGGCACGACUUAUCUGCUUUCCACAAACGGUUUCCAAAUCUCCCUGGGAAGCUUAUCUUGCAGGAUCUCGAACCUGUCAUCAGCAAUAUCACCUAUCUAGACCCAAAGAUUGAACGACAGAUUUAUAACUUCUUUACACCGCAACCGGUGCAAGGAGCGCGUGCUUACUAUAUGCGACAAAUCUUACACGAUCACCCUGAUGGUCCUGCUAUUGAGAUACUUAAAGGGAUUCGGGAGGCUAUGACGAAGGAUAGUGUGUUGCUUGUCAAUGAGAAUUUCUUGCCGGAGAUGGGAGCUUCGUUGUAUAACGCGGAGAUUGAUCUUUCGAUGAUGGCGCUAUUUGCGAGUAUGGAGAGGACGGAGAAGCAGUGGGUUGCUUUGCUUGAGGAAGCUGGGUUGAGCGUAGUCAAGGUUUGGACACCUAAGACGCAGUUGGAUGGUAGUGGGACGGUAUUUGAGGCUGUGAGGAAGGACUGA